AUGAAGGUACGUGGAAAGAGGGGGGGGGGGGGGGGAACUAUUGUCCCCCGACGGCUUUUGCCCACACGUGCAAGGUUGUUGCAACUAUAGCAAGAAGAGACUAACACUUUGCGACUAGUAUAUUGAUGAAAUUGACCUUGAGUUGGUCAAUCAGGAGCUCAACUUUAGCCUGCCGGAUAACAAUCUCGUGAUAAAAGGCGGGUGUGAGCUAUUUACAACCAAGCCCAUCGGCUCCGACCGGAAACUCUUCAAGACCAUCGAUAAGCACUUGAACCAGAUAAUCGAGGAUAACCAGUUGUCGCGAUCGUUGGAGAAGGAAAGACAAAGCUCGAUCAACUCGAUAUUUGGAGCUAGUGGCAACCCCACUGGAGACCAGCGAGGUCUCCAACAGUUGCAAUGGUUGCACCAGGAAAAACAACGAAGGUCAAGCUCGGUGCUGAGCCGGCCAAACUUCAACAAGGAUCCCAUAGCGAGCAAUGGCAGCUCGACUUCGUUGUUGUCCACCUCCUUGAACGAAGACAGCGCAAUUGAACCUGACCAACACGCUGUGGACGAAUCUCCCUUUGGCCCGUUGAAGAAUACAACCACGCGGCGGACUUUUGCCUAUUUGAUAGCGAUAUUGAACAACACGUUCCCCGACCAGAAUUUCUCAGACUUGCAGCCUACAACUGAAAACUUCUAUAAACUAGAUAGCCCUGAGGACUUGGUGCAGAAAUUCAACAAUUUGCUUACGUCUCUCGGCAAGAAAGAAGAUAUCCUCAACUGGAUAUGGGAUAUCAUCAACUCCUACAUGGACGUGAUACCUUCGAAAAACUCAUCUCCAGCAUUGGCUGCAACAGUGGGCACAAGCCAUAGCUAUGGACACAGUAACAACCACAACAACAACAACGGGCAUGGCUCGAGAAAGGGAAGUCUCAGUAAUAGCAGGAACGGUUCAAUGACUACUUUAACCGAUGCCACCACCACGAAUACUUCUCCUUCUUCACACUUGGGCCAGUAUGAAAACUGCCAGAUAUACCAGUUCCAGCCCUCUGAUGAGUCGAUAUUUGAAGACUUGACAUACCCCUACCAGCCCAUGUGGUCGUAUUAUUGGUUUAUAUAUAACAAGAAAAAGAAAAGAGUCACAUUUCUCCACUUGACUGCUAUAAACAAGGCUCAUUUCGCCAAUGUCAAUGCCAAGUCGAACCGCAAGACAUCACUGAGCGACCCUGUAAUAAGCGGAGGUGACGAUGAAGAAGAGUAUGAUGAAAACGACGAGUAUGCCAAUAAUGAAGAGUUUGUUGCCGAUCUGAAUCCUGAGGAAAACGGCGAUGUCGUGGGGGAUCUCGAGAUUUGA